AUGACUUCAAGUUCGAGUUCACCAGGCGAGGAUUUCCCCGCCAGCGAGAAGUCUGCUAGCGGCGUCAUCGGUGUUGCGGAGUCAAUUAGCACCGGUGAUGUGAACGUUCCGCGUUCACACGAUACCACCCACCGACAGUUAAAAGAACGUCACGUUCAGCUCAUCGGGAUCGGUGGUACUAUAGGCACUGCCCUAUUUGUCGCCAUAGGAAGGGGACUGGCUCUUGGUGGGCCAGCUAGCUUGUUCCUCGGCUUUACACUUUGGAGCACGGUUGUCCUCUGUGUUAACAAUUGUUUGGCGGAGAUGGUGUCCUAUCUCCCCAUAUCCUCCCCAUUCAUUCGAUUCGCUGGUCGUUUCGUGGAUGAAGCCUUCGGUGUCGCUACUGGCUACAACUUCUUCAUAUUCGAGGCCAUGAUGGUCCCUUUUGAAAUUGUCGCAACUACUUUCAUUUUAAGUUUUUGGCCCGGGUCGACAUCGGUCCACCCUGCAAUAAUUAUCAGUCUUAUAAUCGUGGUUUACACUUUCGCCAAUAUAUUUACAGUUAAAUGGUAUGGCGAAGCCGAAUUCUGGAUGGCCCUCGGCAAGGUCAUAUUGAUCGUCGGGCUCCUGAUUUUCACCUUCGUCACCAUGCUGGGAGGGAACCCGUUACACGAUCGAUUUGGUUUCCGAUACUGGAGCAAUCCGGGCGCAUUUGCUGAAUUCUACCACACCGGAAGCCUCGGUCGCUUCAUGGGAUUUCUCGCCUGCUUCAUCCAAGCUAGUUUCACAAUCGCCGGCCCGGACUAUGUCGCGAUGGCAGCUGGUGAAACCCAGAAUCCCCGUAAGACCCUCCCCAGGGCCUUUAAGGGUGUCUUCUUCCGUCUUACAACCUUCUUCGUCCUUGGUUCGCUCGCCGUUGGGGUCUUGGUACCCUAUAACUCUAAAGAUCUCGUUGACAUCUACCUUCUUGGAAAGCCAACGGCAGGAGCAGCUGGGUCACCAUACGUGCUAGCUAUGCAGAGGCUUCAAAUUGGAGUAUUGCCCCACAUUGUAAAUGCUCUGGUAUUCACUUCCGCUCUGAGCGCUGGAAACUCGACCAACAAAGUCGGUGUUCCCAUCUACUGCGUAGGCUUGGUUAUGUGCUUUUCAUUGUUGGCGUUCCUCCAACUUUCGGCCGGGACUGCGCAGGUUUUGAACUGGUUUAUUGGAUUAGUUACUUCCUCGCAGUUAAUGAACUAUGCCGUCUGCAGCUUCACUUAUAUCAAAUUUCACCGGGCUUGUAUUGCACAGGGAUUGGAUAGGAAGGGUAGACUUCCGUUCUGUGGGAUGUUUCAACCAUAUGCGGCAUACUACUCCCUGUUUUUUACCUUUGUCAUGACAUUUGUUGGAGGGUUCACCGUCUUCUUGCCUGGAUUCUGGAGUCUGCCGACGUUUUUCUUUAGUUAUACCAUGCCAUUUAUGUUUCCUGUUAUCUUUUUGGUUUGGAAGUUUACUAAGGGGACGACGUGGAGGAGGAGCAUAGAUAUUGAUUUAGUUGAAGGGUUAGAUGAGAUUGAGGCGUACGAGAGGACGAUUCCAGAGAAGAAGAAGAAGGCCGAGACAACGGGCACCUUUGAGAAGGUACAGCAGACACUAUUCCGUCGAGUCAUGAAGAAACAAAAUUCAAGUGUGGAGUCGAACCUGGGGAAGGGUCAAUGA